UUCUUUUUUGCACUUAACCCCUUCUAAUGUCAGCAUACUGUUGCCCAAGUCCACCUCUGUCACUGAGCGAGCAAAGUAUUUGCCACAACAAAAUCGCCGCUCCGUUUAAGCAAUACCUUCUUUUUUUUCCAAUCUCUCUUCUUCAAUGAAUCUCAAAACUUGAUCUCUUCUCUCUUCUUCUUCAUUCUUGGAAUCAAAUAUUUCCAAGAAAAUGAUACAAUGGACUGCUUUACCUUUGCAUACUCCAUUCCCAUUUCGUUCAGGUCAGUCAUCAAUCUCACUUUUCUUUUCCUUCAUCAAAACUUUCCCAUUUUCCAUCUCUUCUUCUUCUUCUUCAAUCCAAGAACAAUCACAAUCACAACCCCCCAUUGAACACCAACUCCUCAAUCUCCUUUCACAUCCGAAUUGGCAAAAACACCCUUCCUUAAACACUCUUAUUCCUUCACUUUCCUCUUCAAAUCUUUCCCUUUUCCUCUCACAAAACCCUAAUCUUAAUCCCCAUGUUGCCCUUUCUUUCUUUAAUUACCUUUCCCAUCACCCUUCUUUCAAACUCAAUGUUCAAUCUUACGUACCCCUUAUACGUAUUUUAAUUUCCAACAAGCUUUUUCGGGUUGCAGAAAAAACCCGCCUUUCUAUGAUUAAAUCAUGUGUAACACCUGAAGAUGUUGUUUUUGUUAUGGGUUUUGUGUUAGAUAUGAAUAAAUGUAGUGAUGGGUUGAGUUUUAAGCUUAAUGGGUGGGCUUAUAAUACCUUAUUGAUGUCGUUAUCGCGAUUCGUUAUGGUUGAUGAGAUGAAAUGUGUGUAUAAUGAGAUGUUGAAUGAUAUGAUUAAGCCUGAUAUUUAUACUUUUAAUACAAUGAUUAAUGGAUAUUGUAAAAUGGGUAAUGUUGUUGAAGCUGAGGUUUAUUUGAGUAAGAUCUUGCAAGCUGGUUUGAGUCCCGAUACACAUACAUAUACGUCGUUUAUUUUGGGGCAUUGUAGGAAAAAGGAUGUUAAUAGUGCUUUUAAGGUUUUUAGGGAAAUGUCGAAAAAGGGUUGUCAAAGGAAUGUGGUUUCGUAUAAUAAUUUGAUUCAUGGGUUGUGUGAAACGAGGAGGAUCGAUGAAGCUGUGAAGUUGUUUUUGGAAAUGGGAGAGGAUUUUUGUUCGCCUAAUGUUAGGACUUAUACGGUUCUUAUUGAUGCAUUGUGUCGAUUGGAUAGGAGGGAAGAAGGGUUGUGUUUGUUUAAUGAAAUGAAGGAGAAAGGCUGUGAGCCGAAUGUUCAUACUUAUACUGUUCUCGUUGAUGGUUUGUGUAAAGACUCAAAGCUUGACGAAGCGAGAAAGUUAUUAAGUUUGAUGUCGGAAAAAGGGUUAGUUCCGAGUGUAGUGACGUACAAUGCUUUGAUUGAUGGAUACUGUAAGAAAGGUUUGGUUGAUGUUGCAUUAGAUAUUUUUGGCAUGAUGAUGGAAUCGAAUAAUUGUGUCCCAAAUGUACGUACGUACAAUGAAUUGAUUUCUGGCUUUUGUAGGACGAAAAAGGUGCAUAAGGCAAUGUCGUUACUUGAUAAGAUGCUUGAGCGUAAAUUGUCUCCUAGUAAUGUCACUUUUAACUUGUUAGUUCAUGGACAGUGUAAAGAGGGUGAAGUAGAUAAUGCAUUUAGGUUGCUUAGAUUGAUGGAGGAGAACGGUUUGGCUCCUGAUGAGUGGACUUAUGGUACUCUAGUUGAUGGCUUAUGUGAAAGAGGUAGACUUGAAGAAGCUAAUACCGUUUUUAGUUCUCUGAAAGAGAAGGGUAUAAAGGUUAAUGUUGCAAUGUACACUGCUCUAAUUGAUGGACAUUGCCAGGCUGAAAAAGUUGAUUUUGCCUUGACAUUGUUUAAGAAAAUGAUUGAGGAAGGUUGCUCCCCAAACGCAUGUACUUAUAACGUGCUGAUUAAUGGGUUGUGUAAACAGGGUAAGCAGCUAGAAGCAGCCCAAUUACUUGAAAGGAUGAAAGAAAGUGGCGUUGAACCCACAAUUGAAUCCUAUAGUAUCUUGAUUGAGCAACUACUAAAAGAAUGUGCCUUUGACCAUGCAGACAAAGUUUUUAGUUUAAUGGUUUCUAGGGGACACAAGCCUGAUGUCUGCAUCUACACUUCCUUUCUUGUUGCAUAUUACAAUGAAGGGAAAUUGAAAGAAGCAGAAGAUGUGAUGGCUAAGAUGGAAGAGGUAGGAGUUAGGCCAGAUUUGAUGGCCUAUACAGUAAUGAUUGAUGGUUAUGGUCGUUCACGAUUAUUAAAUCGAGCCUUUGAUAUGCUAAAAUGUAUGUUUGAGGCUGGAUAUGAACCUUCUGGUUACACCUAUUCCGUUUUGAUCAAACAUUUGUCCCAAGGAGGACUUGAUCUUAAUAUUGCUGACGUGUGGAAAGUAGUGAAAUAUGAAACUUUGCUUAAUCUCUUGGAUAAAAUGGGGGAACAUGGAUGUCCUCCAAAUACAAAUGUUUUUAGUUCGCUUGCUAUUGGACUCUGUAGAGAAGGACGCCUCGAGGAAGCUUCGAGGUUAGUUGAUCAUAUGCAGAGUUGCGGAAUGUCUUCUUGUGAAGAUAUAUACACCUCAAUGGUAAAUUGUUGUUGCAAGUUGAGAAUGUAUGAGGAUGCAGCAAGAUUUCUUGGCACUAUGCUUACGCAAGGUUUUUUACCACGGUUAGAGUCGUACAAGCUCCUUAUAUGCGGGUUGUAUGAUGAUGGAAACAAUGAUAAAGCUAAGGCGAUCUUCUUCCGGCUUCUUGAUUGUGGGUACAAUAAUGAUGAAGUAGCUUGGAAGCUUCUAAUUGAUGGGUUACUUAAGAGGGGACUUGUAGAUAGAUGUUCUGAGUUGUUGGAUAUUAUGGAGAAAAAUGGUUCUCGACUUAGUUCCCAAACAUAUUCAUUGCUGCUAGAGGGACUCGAUAGAACAGACAACAAAUAAAGUAUGAAAUUCCCUUAAUAUCCUGUUGCUUGAAUAAUGAUUUCUCAUUUCCGUUCCUGUGGGCUAUUCUUUUAAGGGGAAUUUGCCUUCCAUGAGAUCAGUUUGGAGUCAUCAUAUGGUAUAUACAGCUACUUCUGACAGGUAUGUUGAUCCAUGUGAUUAAUAUAUUAUUUUUCUCCGAAAGUCAGUUUGGAAGGAACCAGAAGAGACAAAGGGAGUGCCACCACUUGAUGUGCCGGAACUGUUGGCAUAGUAGUUAGACAGUCAUGCCCAUUUCUGGUUGAAGGAGGGUCCUCACUGAUUACAACAACAUACCCAGUGUAAUCCCACGAAUGGGGUCUGGGGAGGGUAGAGUGUAUGCAAAGUUUACCCCUACCUUGGGAGGUAGAGAGGCUGUUUCCGAUAGACCCUCGGCUCAAGGAGGGUAGAUUAAGGAGGGUUCUCACUGAUUAAAGGUGAAUUUUUCUUUUUUAUUGUUAAACUGGUUGAAAGUGAAAUUAUGAAUGAUGAACUAGAUUUAAGAUUGUCAGUGUCCUUCAGUGUACUGGUCACUGUUAUUAAGGUGGAUUUUGGGCAGAUUCUACCAAGCAGAACCUAUCAGGUGAUGAAAGGCGUUUAGCAAUAGUCACAGCUGCUAAGCUUCCUUGGAUGAUGGGAACUCCUAUAAAUCUUCUAUUCCGAGCUGCUUAACUAGCCAAAUCAGAAAAGAAGAAUGUUAAAUUGCUGGUUCCAUACACAAUUGACUCGAGGAGUGAAUUGGAUUCAAGGCUGACUUCAAGAUUUCGUUUUACCCUGGAAAGUUCUCCUAAGAAAGGCGGGAUAUAAUACCAGCUGGAGACACUUCUUAGUUUAUCUUAGCAAGGGAUGCCGGUAUUGCAAUUUUAGAGGAGCCAGAACAUCUCAACUGGUACUACCCUGGCAAACGUUAGACUGAUAAAUUUUAUCAUGCUGUUGGCAUCGUCCACACAAACUAUUUGGAAUAUGUCAAGAGGGAAAAGAAUGGGGUUCUUCAAGCAUUUUUUGUGAAACACAUUAACAAUUGACAAGGUAUGUUUAGUCUAUGGACUAAUUCUCCAUGGGAAAAGGAGAAAAAGGAAAACUGUUGGUUGCAUAGCAUUAAGCAAUGGAAGAUGCUUUAAUUGAUUUACCCAAAUCUUUUGGUCUGCAAUGUUCAUGGUGUCAAUCCCAAAGUUUCUGAAAAUAGGAGAGAGCAGCUGCAGAUAGACAAAGCGGCCAGAAAGUUUUCUCUCAAAGAGCAUAUUUCUUAGGCAAAAUGAUUUGCAAGAAGGGAUAUUGGGAAUUGAUAGAUCUGUUAGCAAAGCACAAAACUGACCUUGAUGGGUUUAAUUUGGAUGUAUUUGGCAACGGGCAAGUUGGUCAUGAAGUGCGGAGUACAGAGGUAGAGAUGAUGCAGAUGAUUCUCUUCAUGGUGAUGUGCUCUGUGCUGCCAUGGCCGAGGAUCUUGCAAUGGGGAAAAUUGGACCACCCGUCAAAUGAAUUUUUCCAGGUACGCCUGAAGACUUUGUAGCAAAAGUUAAAAGAGGUAAUGUCCGGGAAGCUGCUAGGUUCAUGGAGUAUUCUGACCUCAAUAAGGUUUUGACUAAUGGGACAAGACUGGACAGAAGACGUCGAGAGGGCAUGUAGAAAUCAGUUUCCACUUCAAAUCUGGAAUAAUUUACUAAUGCUAGGCUGCUAAUGCCACAAAUAUGAAGACAACUCAUAUGUGCUGGCUAAUUAUACUUUAUUGAUGUGUGCUAAAUGUCUUGUUUAAUUGUUCUAUUGUCAAACCUUUCUUAAUGAUAUAAUAAACUUUUACAAGUAUAAUAUGA